AGUGCUCAUUGUCACCAUUUGUCAGUGGUUCAUCAUCUGAGAAAAUUCCUUAUGUUUUUCUGCCGCUUAGGGGUCAAAUUAUUUAUCCCAGCAGGGAAAUAAGUUUCGCAGAUAUCCGAACACCGGUGUGUGCUGUAACGGGUGCCCAAUAUUUAACCAUAAACGGUUGGUCGGAUCUACGCAAUCCCAUCGACAAUGAUUACCCCUUUCGUAUGUUUCGUGAUGAGGGGCGUACAUUUUUACAGUGGUUGGGUGAAGCUGAUCUCCGUCACAAAAUGCAAGGUCGCCUCAUCGUUGUGCAUUUAGUGUGUCGUGAUAUGACUUUGCCGCUGAACAUGUCAUCUACAAGUGAUCACAUUAUGCCGCCGAAAAAUGUCUUUUCACCCUGUGUUGCAUUUCGUGUUAAUGGUAGUCCUGUUAAAUUUGCCAACAAUGUCUCUGAGGUCUUAUUCCAAUCGGAGGCCACCACUACCUUGGCUGCCACAUCAGAUGGUAUGUCCACCAAAGAAUAUAUUGUCAUUGGUGUGUGUAGUCUCCUGCUCGGACUUAUUUACGUCUCUUCGGUCUUCCUCUAUCUGCACAUGAAAAAACGUAAAGGACGAGAGCAACCGAGGAUGCGUAAUUCACUUGAUGAUUUGGCUAAUGAAAUAAAUUAUCCGAAAAAUGAUCAAGUGACAUUUGGAGCGCCAUUUACACGAAGUGGUAGCCUAUAUUCAGUGGGUAGUAUGGCCACGUCCAAUGAACCCAGAUCUCGUGCCAGCUUGAGUAGUAUGAAAGAAGAAAUGGGUAUUGUUAAAAACAAUCCCUUGCUACAGCACUUUCCACAACUAAGUGAUCAUCAUUCGGGUUUCACGAGUGAUAUAUCGAAUUCCGCUUCGGAAUGUGAAAUGGAUGGUGGUGGUUAUCAUCAUGAUAAAAUUAAACAGAUGCAAACCAAUGCCUUGAUACAUCCCCAAAUGGGUAUGAUGCCAAAUGGCAGCAGUGAGUCGCCAAAGGGCUCUCACCACUCCUCCAGUAAUGGCAAUGGUAAUGGCAGUAGCAGCUCCACAAAUGAAGAUCAAUUAGAUGGCAACUCUAAUGGUCAGGAAACGGAAUGUUUACCCCAAGAAAAUGUUGCCAUUAUUGAGGAUAUUAUGACCGAAGAGAAGUUGGAAAAUCUGAGGGCCAUGGUCAAUGGCAAUGUGCGCAAGAAAUUAUAUUUCAAUCCAGCGUAUUUUGAGCCGCAUUUAUUGGCGCAACCUCCCCCCGCUGCCUUGGAAUUUCUGCAAAAAAUCCGUGAAGUAAUUGCCAUUGCCAAAUACAAAAUGGCCGCCAAGCGAUAUCAGCCUUCAUUGAUUAUGAUCCCCGAGGAGAGUACAACACGUUCCGAUACCCCCUCCUUAUUUGGUUCCCAAGCACAAGGAACAGACGCCGCCUGUCAGGCCUGUGCAAAUAAUCGUUGUAGUGGUCAUGUUAAAAAUUGUGGUGAUAAACGUAAUACCAUUGAAAAAUGGCUGGAAACUGUUAAUCUUAAUGAAGAGAAUCAAAGUGGAAAUCCUCCUGCAACGAAUAAUCAACGAGAAACAGUAACACCUAGUCCGGAAAAAGAUCGUCAAUCACCAAGGGGCUCCACAUCAUCUUCGUCACAAAGUGGCAACAGGCCAGCCACAGCGAAUGCAGCCUCAACGAGAAGAGGCCGCAAAGAGAUAAUGGCGCCCAAGCAAAGGCCACCACCACCGCCAACACAGAAAACAACACAAGGCUCCUCUAAUGGCUCUUCUGCGAAUGGCCAAAGUAAAAAUAGAAGCAAUGAUGAAGGGGAGAAAGAGGAAAUCCGGGAUCACCACCAACAAUUGGUUGAGGGUGUGGCGGAAAAUAAUUUCCAGAAUUAUGAAAAACCCUCACAGCCCAAGAAUUCCUUGAACAUACCCAUUUUACAUCACAAAUUAGAAACCUAUUCCGCCAUUACGGCCUCAGCUUAUAUGUACGGCUAUGCUGAGACGGGUGGGGAACUUUAUAAUAAUCCGAAAUUCACCCUGCACGACUCUCCCUCAGCAUCUCAACGUAGCCGUUCUUCUCAGCGGUCGCGAAAACGUUUGGAUGUUCUGGAUCAAUAUGCGGCAGCCUCAACACCCACCUCCUUGACAUCGGCUGAACGCCAGCAUUAUCACAUGCUAAGGAAUAUGGAACAAAUGAAUGAAUCGCUGGACGCAGAUGCUUUGAUCAAAGAAUAUACUGCCACCCUGCGCUCGAAUAGCAGCUUCCAUGUAGACAUACCCACACCGGAUUAUGAUAGUACCAUGGAAAAGAAAAUCAAAGAUAUUUACAAUAAUACCCAGGGCAGUGUUCCCUCGGUGCCCACUCCCGACUAUAGCUCACUUAGUCGUAGAUCAUUGAAACAAUAUCAACCCGACUCACCGAUUUAUCGAAGAAAAUCUCCCCAAUAUCUUAUUGUGGAUUAUGAAACAGAUAGUUUGGAACGCUUGGAAUCGACGAAACGGAAAUCGUCACAAUCCUCCUCAUCACCAUCCUCCGAUGUUAGUUCUCAACUGAGUCCUAGUCUUAGUACCGCCCUGCCUUUGGAAGAGGAAUUGGAAAUAAGCCAUACGGUUUUUGGACGCGAUGGCGGAACAUUUCCGAAUAAAACCUUAAACAAUAAUCAAAAGAAAAUGCUCAGAUCCAUGGAUACGAACAGCAUGCAAAAGGAUAUUGCCGCACGCAUUAAAUAUGACACCCCAUUUCGUGGCAGCAUGACCAUUGAAGUGGAACAUGAACCACCCUCCGAUUUAGAGCGUUCCACAGAUAGUGAUCAAUAUGAACCGGAUACUCUGGAUCGUAAACCGAAAAAACAAAGUUUUUGUGAUGUCAGUAAUUGGUCAAGUAUGACGGAUAUUAAGAAAGAAAUCAAUUCGCCACCACAAUCACUGCCCGAUAUGAAUCAUCAUCAGCAGCACCACCACCAGCAUCAACAGCAACGUCCUUUGGCUGCAGGUAGUAUGAUGGAUCUGUCGGGUAAAAAUUCAUUUCGCCUCAAGCCCGCCAACACACACAACCACGGGGAUUGUUCUCUCCGUAAAAAUAGUCGCGACUCAGCAUACGAAAGUCAGGUGGAAUUGAGGCGAGGGUGUAACCAAAAUCAUCAUCACGCUCAUCAUCAGCACGAAGCAGAGGAGACCAAACAAAAUGUCAAUAAUUUGCGAGAAAUCUAUCAGUCUCUGCUGGUAAGACAGAAUAGUGAUUGUAGUUGUAAAUGUGGUGGUAAGGCCACCAGUCUGUAUUUGCAAGAACAAUUGGAAGACCUUACCGAGAAGGGACGCAUACUCACCCUAGAGGCCAAACAUUCAAGACGCCAAAGACCCAGUGAACCACCAACUCCACCACCUGUAGUGGAAAUUUCCAAUGACAGCCCCAAUAAAUGUACCAUAAAAAUCCUAACCCCUAAGGCAAAGCGGGAACAGCAGAGCACGGAAAAACGUCCCACAGAAUAUGUGGAACCACGCAUUCAUCAAUCGAGAUCAAUGGAUGAACUUUCUUCACGCAAACACUCUCCCUCGCCCAAAUUACCCGCUCGGAGUCCCAGUAUUACACCCACACCACCUAGAAAACAACGAAGCAUUUCGAAUUCACCACUACCACCUCCACCACCACCGCCAACUACCUCAGCCUCAACCACCUUAAAUAGUCGUACAAGUCGUUCGUCCAGUUCUCAAACUAGGCAAUAUAACAUCAAUCAAUCGGAGGAGGAUACCCUCAGUAAUCACAGUGAAUGUACCGAAGUGACGGGUAUUUCUGGAACCAUGACCAACUCGGAAUUUGGUGGUUCCAUACGUAAACCCAACUUACCCUACACCUGCAACGAAGAGGAUGAGGAAAAAGAAGACGAGGAGGAGGAUGAAAAUUCAUCCGAAAAUAAUAACCCCCAUACAUCAGAGGAUACACAACCUGCCACCGAAGCCAAUCAGGCAUUGAAAAAACUAAAAGGAGAGGAUUAUGGUGCCAUAUUUAAUACCCAAAUCAAGGGGCUACGGAAUGACUAUAGCCUCAACAAAUAUUUAAAUCGGCGAAAAUCUCAAGAAAAAAUUGAAAUCCCCAACGAAAAUGUCCACCACAAAAGCAACACCCCCAUGGAAUCUCCGAUACUCGAAGCCAACAAUAAUUUAAAAAAUGCCUCUGACAUGGAUCCAAAUAAACUUGAUGUUAUUUCCCUGAGUUCCCGAUCGAAUCGUAGCAGCAGUCGUUUAUCCGAUCGUACCAAGGAAAUGUAUCGUAAUGCUGGUGUACCCGUGGGCAUUGCAUAUCCCCAGCGUAGUACGGCGAAUAGUACAACAGCCAAUCAAACUGCCACCACACCUACACACACCACCACGACCACAACAAAUGUUCAAACGGUAUAUCGUUGUGAAAUUGAACCGGUCCAGCUAACGCAUGGCAUGCAAAUUGCCAUGGGCCUUAAGGAUCGCCCGAAAAAAGCCAAAGAUAUAAAAAAUGCCUGGAAGAAAUUUGUUAGCAUGGCGGCGUCGAAAUUUAGUCCUACCCAAAGUCCAGCACCACCAUUUGAUAAGAAAACUACCUCGUCCAUUUUGGAUGCCCUCGAACGGGAUGAGGGUAUAUCAUCCUUGAUUGAAGGCCCGCCUAGGGUUUCCUCACCCAAAAGUACCUAUUCCGCACCGGCUAGUCAAAAUUACUACGAACAACGGUUUGGUCCGCGACCGCUACAAGAAAUGGAUAGUGGCUAUAUGAGUGCAGAUUCCGGAGAGGCCCUAAAACGUAGUUUCUAUGAUCGCUACAAUUUUAAAUUAAUGUCUGGACGAGAUCACAUAAUACGUGUCGAUACCAUUGAGGAUAAUUCGGAUAUUGAAAGUACCUCAACGGAUCAACAGCGAAUGGCUCAAGAUAAUAGCCGUUUCGAAGACUUUGAACAUAUCAAUGAACAGCAACAAGACAUGGGUAAUAGUAUAGAAUUGGGUGUAGAGGAGGAGGAGGAUGAUGAAGAGGAGGAGGGUGGACGUCAUGUGGACAAUGAUAGCGAUAAUGAUUCAGAUAAAACUUUAACGCGAUCUAAUACACAAGGUAAUUCCACCGCCAGAUCGUCAUCGUCCACCAAUUAUACUUCAGAAGAGGAGGAGGAAGAUGAUGAACAUCCUACCACCAGCUAUGGUUCAUCGGAAACGGAUGGUGAAACCAAUCCCGAUGAUAUGUGGGAAUCUGGUGCGGAAAGUGUUGAAACACAUUCGGUGUUAUAUAAAAAUGUACGAAAAUCAAUGGAGAGAUGA